GUCUAAUCUUUUUAGAUGGCUGUGCGUCUAUUUUGCUUUUGUUGCUUUUUGUUGAGAUGCUUGAGACGGACAUGGUCUGUACAUUUAAGUCAGAGUGUAGCAAACUUUAAAAAUUAUUUCAUAUAAAUGUUUCUGUACUGUAAAUUAUCUAAAAAUGUCUUUUUUGCUGUUCUAUAGAAAUGUGUACAUAUUUUAUUUGUAAACGUAUGAGUUGUGCUAUCAUAAAUUGUUCGUAACUGAACUUUCUAUGUAUUGUCAAUUGUAAUAAUAACAUAUAUUAUGUUUGUGCCGUGCUCAGUUCUUUCUUGUGAUGAAUUAUAUAUAUUUUGAAUUUUGAUAAAUUAUAAUGGAGGUUGAUGUGACACAAAUUGCACAAAAUGAUAAGGCUCAAGAACAUAAUAGCACUGAUAAAGAGCUGCCAGAACAAACUUCUAUCAGUGUUGUAAAUAGUUUCGAAGAUGUUACAUUAAAUGAUUCUUCGUGUUCUUACGAGAAUAAUAUGACAAGUGCUUUGAAUAGACAUUCGAAUAAUAAAAAAGUUAUAAAACAUUCUCUGAGGCAACAAGCAAAACGUCAUAAGAAAAACAGCCAGUCAGGUUCUCUUCCAUCCCUGUCCAGGAUAAUAGUUAAGCAAUAUUCCCAAUCACCGAUAGAAAAUAAAGAGCAAUCUUUAAGUAACACAGCCCCAACCAUGCAUGAAGUAUUAGCUUCGAUACCGGGCUUUAGUAUUAAACCCAGAAGGAGAAGUAAUAAGAAAAUGUCAGCAGCAGCGCAAUUAGAACAAACAAAAGAGGGCUGUAUAGAUUUAGAGACACCUGAUUCAAUUUUAGUUAACACAAAUCUCAGACUUCUACUUAAUAAGCACACAUUCUCCAGUUUACCUCCUCUGUAUCAAUAUAAGCUAGUUCAACUUCUACCCAGCGUGGAUAGGCCUUCAUAUGAGCCUGAGACUUGUACAAGGCUCAGUUCAUCUAGUUUAAAUAAUGAAUUCUUUGCUAGAGCUUGUUUAGAAUGGCGUGAUAGAUUAGCAGAAGGUGAGUUUACUCCAGAAAAUCAGCUAAAAAUAAAAUCAGAAGCCGAAAAAGAGAAAAGCAAAUUGGAUCCGUGGAAAGUCAAGCAUUUUGAGCCAAUUUGGGGUGAUAAAUGCCAAGGAGAUACAAUUACCGAGGCUGCAUUACCAGUGUGUAACAGACCUCCUAUAAAAACUACAAUUAAAUUACGAGCAUCAUCUUCAAAUAGUAGUGCAAGUUGUAUGAAAUAUGGUAAGAAUUCAUCAACCAUUACACAAAGGCUUAGAACUGUAGGAGCCGUAACCAGAGCUUCGGCUAGCUUACAAUAUGAUAGACUCAAUGUGGAUAAUGCCGUUGAUGACAAGGUAUCAAAUUUUAUACAAAACGUCUCACCUCUGUAUCAUAAAUCUGUACUCCCUGAAACCAAGGAAUCUUGUUUCAAUAAAGUUGUACCAGAGUCAAUAUCCAAAACUGUGCAUAUGAACUCUCCAGUUAUUGAUACAGAUAUAAUUGUUCCUGAUCAACUGGACAUGUUUACUCACAAUAAUAUUGAUAAUGAAUGUGAUGUAACCCGAAGGAAAUCAGGUGAAAAACGACCGCGGUCUUUAAGUCCAAACUAUAACAAUAAACAACAAAAAUCAAGCCAUAGUGAGGUGUCUGAAGAUACAAAUGAAUUUGUACUUCCAAAAAUUGAAUGUGAUACUGAAAUUGCUGAUACUCAAGUAGAGGUUGUGACGACAGAAGAAUCUGAAAGUUCUUCUAAAACGGAUGACGAUAACAAGACAAUUAAUGAUUUUACCAAUAAUGAAUCUGUAAGUAAUGAAACUAUUGACAAUGUCAGUGAAGAUGUUAUUUCAAAUGAGCCUAAACUUGAAAUGGACGAACUUAAAAUAGAAGAAAUGGAUGAUGAAAAUACUUUCUUUAGUAUUGAAUCUAGUGAUACAUAUAAUGGUGUACUGCAAAUACAACCCAGUUCAGUGAUACUCCAUCAACAUACUCCAGACGAUGAAGGUAAUCAAGAAGAAAUAAAGGAAGAUGAUAAUGUCGUAUUGCAUUUUAAUGAUAAUGGCCAUCACAAUCGAUAUGUUGACAAUUUUGGAUCUGAUUCACGGGAUGAAAAAAGCAGAGAUGAAGUAGAUGACAUUAAUAAUGUGAUAGAUAAUGAUCAUAUAAUGCUGAAUGAAUUCAGAGAGGAUAAUUCUGAUUCAUUUGUUUCACAAGCCCUGGAGACCCUUCCAGUUAAUGUACCUGUUGCAAUGGCAGUUGUCAAUGCAGAAAUAACCCAGGAUGAUGUUGAGGUAAUACCAAUGCAAGAGGAACUUGAGGUGCGGCUGGAAGAAGGAAAUUUUCCGAUCUCACAAUGGAACUCAGAAUAUGGAAGAGAAAAAACUUUGGCGCCAGAAAUAUCUCCAGACUGUUCGGGUUCGAAUAAAGAUUGCGAAAGUUCUUUACCUUCAUAUACGAACCAAGUGAAAUUGGAAUUGGAAGUCACUCUAACUCCAGAAGAUGAUAAUUCUGUCACUAGCACCGUCGGAAGUGUGAAAGUAAAAGAUGAAAAUAGUAAGACCACCAAUGUGAUGACUGUGAUUCCUCCCACUACAAUUGUAUGUUUGCCGGCUGCUAUUACGAAUAGUACAAUAGCAAACCAAAUGACUUUAAAUCCGGCUUCUAGUAUUGUCAGUUCUAGUUUGCAAAGAACGGCAAUAGUGGCAAGUUCUAGUUCCAUUCCUUAUCUGUCUUUAGGAACAAGUGCACCAAUUAGGGCAGUUACUCAAAGGCCCAAAUCUAAGAAUUCUAAGGAUCAAGGUUCAAAUGGAACACAGUCGAAUAGGAAUAGAACCAAUAAUAAACCUCCACCAGGUGCAGUGAAUCUAGAAAGGAGUUACCAAAUAUGCCAGGCAGUGAUACAGAAUAGUCCCAACAGACAUCAAUUGAGAUGCCAAUUGAAACCACCGCCUUCCUCAUUUUUAAAUAAUAUAAGUAAUAACAAUAAUAAUCACACAAAAAAGAUUGAAAAUAGAGCAACUCAAUAUGGUACUGUAACUUCAUCUAGGAAUGUGAAUCUUCAGAAAACCUUCAAUGCACAAGGUAUUAAUAAUAGCUACCCCAAACCUCCGCCUAAACCAAAUAUGUUAGCACAAAGACAAUCACCACCUAUUGUAGUUCGACAUGUUUUUACCUCAAAUCAAGGCAUUCCUGUUACAAUGGCAGUUUUACCACAAGCUACUAACAAUGAGCAGAGUAUUGAAAACUCAGGAGUACACAUGAGCAGUAGUGGAACAAUGGGGCAAUACAUACUUGUUCAGCGGUCAGUUGGUGAGCAUCAGGCCGCACCUAGGGCUAGUAGUGCUCCUCCAACUAAUCACGUACAGGUAGGCUUACAAAAUCACAUAGGAAGUAAUCCAUUCACAAUUGAUGUGCGUGGUCGACCUGCGAGUGUUGAUGUCGACCGUAAUAAUAUGCCAAAUACACUGCGUCAGAUAACUUACAACAAUGAUAAACAGGCUGUAAAUAGAGGUCAUAGAAAUUCAACUGUAAAUUACAGUGGUGUAAGUAUGGAUCCUACUUUGCAGAAUUAUGCUUUUAUAGGUGACAAUUCAAUGAUCAUGGACCCUAAUCAUGGGGUCUUAUCCUCCCAACAAAAAACUUGUUCCACGCCAAACAGCCAUCAGCAAGGUAUCUCUUCGGAAAUAUCUUGUACAUGCAACAUGCAAGCCAUGAUAGUUUGUCAGAAGUGCGGCGCGUUUUGUCAUGAUGACUGUAUGGGCACUUCUAAACUCUGUGUAUCUUGCCUUAUUAGAUAAUUUACUCCCAUGGCUCUAAAUUGUAAAAUAUUUUUUCUUU